UGGAGUUGAAUGGCCAAUGGGAGUUGGCUUGUCGAGCAAACACUGAGCCCUGCGUUCCCAUUCAUUCAGUGCUGAGCAGGCCUGCAGAGCUGAGGAGAGCUGCGACCACACGACGCUUCGUUUUUUUCCUCCUCUCUCUACAGCGAGCGCAGAUUUCACCCCGCAACAGAGAGAGUAACAGCCUGAACUCUCCUUAGAUACACACGAAGAGAAGGGAGAGAGAAGUCUUGGAUUAACGCUCACUCUGUGUUUGAUUUCAUUUCUACGGGACUUCUUUUUUUUUCUUCUUCUUCCCCCUCAACGCUAUUUCUACUCUCUCUAACAAUUCCUGCGGGACUUCUUCUAUGAACUGGGGCUGUCUCGACUGAAGAUCGGCCUCCCCCGAGUACGCAGCAGUUCUCCUUCCUCCACCGGAGCUGCACCGUGGAUUUACUUUGUUUUUUAAAACUGGGACGAAUGCAUGCGUAAAAGCGCGCUGAACCUCCAGAGAACUGACCAAAAAAGAAAAAAAGGGAAUUACGCAAAGGGGAUACACUCGCACUUGGAUUAACAGACAGCGAAUGUUAUGCAUUAGACCUUAAAGUCUACGUUUGGACAUUGCCCCCUUCCUUUUGGAUGGACUUUUUGUAGGCUAUUUGGUUGAUGGAUUCGAUGUUAUGGAUGGUUGCAAAUAGGCAGGUUUUCCGAUGCAUGCCAAGUCCACGGUGAAUGUCGGAAGUGGUGAUCCCCCCAGAUGGAGCUCCAAAGUCAACAUGGCCCCGGCGGUUCAUUAGUGGUGAUCCAGCAGCCUUCCCUAGAGAGCCGACAGAGGUCGGAUUACGAGCGGGAGCUCCAGCAUGCCGCCAUUCUCUCCCUGGACCAGAUCAAGGCCAUCCGCUCCAACAACGAGUACACCGAGGGGCCCUCAGUGGUACGGAGGCCCCCUGCUCCCCGCAUGGCCCCCAGGCCCCACGACAAGCAGGAGAGGACUCACGAGGUCAUCCUCGUCAAUGUGAACAACAAUUAUGAGCACCGGCCGCUGGGGGGGCACCACCACCACGUCGGAGGCGGCGGUGUGGUGGUGGUGGCGGCUGGGGGGCAGCAGUAUGGAGGGUCCCGGGCGCCGGGGCUCAGCCGCUCCACCAGCACAGGAAGCGCCGCCAGCUCAGGGAGCAACAGCAGCGCCUCCUCUGAGCAGGGACUCUUGGCACGCUCGCCCCCCACCCGGCCCGGCAUGAGCUUACAGCACCACCACAGAGCGGAGUGGCCUGUUCGGACUCAACCCAAGCCCAAGGCGCUCUCGCAGCCCCAGCAGGGACCUAACUUCCACCAGCCUCCACUAGAGGCUCCGCUCAAGCCGCAGGGCAAAGGGAAAUCAGACUUUUCUGGCUCCGGCACCGGGCUGGUGGCUGCAGCCGCCGGGCACCAGUUCAUCUGCGAGUGCUGCGGGAAGUGCAAGUGCAGCGACUGCACGGCUCCCCGCAGCCUGCCGUCAUGCCUGGCGUGCAACGGCCAGUGCCUGUGCUCGGCGGAGAGCGCGCUGGAGCACGGCACCUGCAUGUGCCUGGUCAAAGGCAUCUUCUACCACUGCUCCAACGACGACGAGGGGGACUCGUGCGCCGACCAGCCCUGCUCGCUGUCGCGCUCCCACUGCUGCUCUCGCUUUCUGUGCAUGGGAUUAAUGUCGGUACUCUUCCCCUGUCUCCUGUGCUACCCGCCCGUCAAGGGCUGCCUGAAGGCGUGCCAGGGCUGCUACGACCGGGUCAACAGGCCCGGCUGUCGCUGCAAGAACUCCAACACUGUGUACUGCAAACUGGAGAGCUGGGCCACACAGAGCCAGGAGAAACCCUCCUGAUCGGCCCCCCCCCCCUCUGUGUGUGUUUGUGACUGUGUGUGUGUGUGUGUGUGCGCGGGAGACUCUAGAUGUGGAUCUUAUGAUGAUAGUCACAAAUUAAUGUUUAUCAAACAUUCUUAAGCACCUCCCACCCCCGCCCCCCCCCCCCCCCCCCCCCCCCCCCCCCCUCUUCGCUGCAGAACCCUAAGGAGCUAAAAAGGAGUAAUGAAAACCACUCGAUUUAUUUUUUAUUUUUGUUUUCUCUGGAUCAGGACCAUGUUUUUGUUUUUUUUACAGACCAGUGUUUGCCUUAACUGUUUCUAUGUCUGUCCUCAGCUCCUCAUUAACAAUAUUUU